AUGUUCAUAGUAUAUAUUCUUAUACUCUGCUGCAAUUUAACCAUUGUGUGCCUCAUCUGGAUUCACCGAAACCUCCAUGAGCCGAUGUACAUUUUCAUUGCAGCUUUGUUACUGAACUCUCUUCUUUUCAGCACUGCUAUCUACCCAAAGCUUUUGAUUGACUUUUUAUCUGAAAAACAGAUCAUUUCAUAUUCAGCCUGUCUGUUACAGAGUUUUCUGUAUUACUCUUUAAACGGUUCAGAAUUCUUACUGUUGGCAGCCAUGGCCUAUGACCGGUAUGUGUCUAUAUGUAAACCUCUGCAAUAUCAAACUAUCAUGAGGAAAUCAACUGUCACUAUUUUCUUGGUUUUAGCUUGGCUUGUGCCGGCUUGUCAGGAUGUGGUGCCAGUUGUACUAAAUGCUAAUAAAAAACUCUGUAACUUUGUUUUCAAAGGAAUCAUUUGUAACAGCACAGUUUAUAAACUUCACUGUGAGAGUUCAGGAGUGCUGAAUAUAUAUGGCUUGAUUAUUUUUGUAAAUGGUCUCUUUCUCCCUGUGCUCUUCAUACUUUUUACAUACACCAGGAUAUUUAUAAUAACAUAUCACAGCUGCAGAGAAGUCAGGAGAAAAGCUGCACAGACCUGUUUACCCCACCUGAUUGUUUUAAUCAGCUUUUCCUGUUUGAGUGCAUAUGAUGUACUUCUACUGCGACUGGAAACUGAAUUUCCCAAAACUUUACGUUUAAUAAUGACAUUACAAAUACUAAUGUAUCAUCCUCUCUUCAAUCCAAUCAUAUAUGGACUAAAAAUGAAAGAAAUUUAUAAACACCUGAAGAGGUUGUUCUGCAAAAUGGCCUGAUGUUUAUAAAACUAAUAACUGUGGUACACUGACUGUUUUGUGUCAUAAAAAAGGAGAGCUGUGAUUUCUCUGGACAUUGAAAGACAAUGAAUGUAAAAGUCUGUUUCUAAAACACUGAAGCACAGCAUUUUCCACUUCCGCAAUUUACAACGGUUUCAUUAAAAUCACAAGUUGAAUUAUGAAUUUCCAAUAUGUUGUUAGUUAAUUGCAGCUUAACAGAAUCCUGUUACCCAUGACGACAUGAUCAUUGUCUCGAUAUCAGAUGUUGAGUGUAUUGUUAGUUUAUAUGGCCAUAAAAUGUUGUUAACAUGUUACUACUAGUUGUAGUUUUGUCUAUUUAUUA